AUAAAGAACAAAACUACACACUAAAGCAAAAAACAAAAACCUAAAGGAGAAAGAAAAGAAAGACUUGAAUUAAAAUAUUUAAAAAAAACAACAACAAAUACCACUAGAAAAAAUCAUAAAAUAUAGAAAAAGUAGAAUAAAAUCUUUUUCUUGGAAUGAAUAUCAAAAAACUUUAUUAAUUAAAAAAUAAAAACUAUUAUUAAUAUUGAAAAAAAAGAAAACAAUUAAAACAAAAAGACAAAGAAAACACAUUUUUUUACCAAAAUAAAAUCAAAAAAAACCUAAGAGGUUAUAAAUAACCCUUUUCCUGGUUUAAACCUCGUUAACGUCUAAGCGGAAAGAAAGCUUGUGAAGAACACAGCUUUUACCCAAAUGUAUAUUAGCAAUAGCAGCAACAUUGGUAUGGCCACGUUGUUGCAAAACAAUAAAAAUUGCAUGAAAACUUUGACAAAUGGCGGCACGAGUGUGGCGGUGGGUGGGGCUGGAACAAACCACAUUAUUGUGGGCAAUGUUGUUAAUGCACAAACGGUAGGCCAACAUCAGGCUAAUCACCAUCACCAAGUGGGCAUUGUUACAUCGCAGGUGCCAACACAAACAAUAGCCACCACCUCAACACAGGGAGGGCUGGCAACUUCAUCAAAUACUCUAACCACUUUGGGUGGCAAUUUGGUGUUGCCCGCACAAACCCAAACAAUUUUACUAACAAAUGGUGCUACGGGUGCUUCUACCAUACUCACCUAUCAACAGUACCAACAGCUGUUGCAACAACAACAACAGCAGCAGCAACAACGUCUAUUGGUUUCACAGAAUGUUGUCAAUUUGCCUAUUGGCAAUUUAAUUAGCACCGGUAAUGGUGGUUUAACUGUUAUAGCCGAUAGUUCUAAUAAUCAUAAUGUCUCUGCCACCACGGGAAGCAAUACCAACACAACACAAGGCACCUUUUUGGUAGCCACCUCGUCAGGAGCUACAACUUCGUCUACAGCUACGGCUUCAUUUCAGCAACAGUUUCAACAGCAAUUGUCGAAUAUGCAAAAUACCUCCAACACUACACCCUCGUCUGCCAGUCAACAUCAGCAGCAACAGAGAUUGAUAACAACAACAUCCGUAGGUAAUGUUGGCAAUAAUACCACUACAAUAAGACACUUUUCACAAUUCUCUCAACAACAACCCGCCACUUUAAAUGUUCUCAACACCACCAACAACACUGCUACUAAUACAACAAACAAUCAACAGCAGCAGCAGCAGCGUACUACAACAGUUUUGAUCAAUCGUAAUAACAAUACAAUUAUUGCCGGCAAUACUACACAGCGUCUGCAACAUGCCACUAUCUUAACAAAAUCUCCUGCGAAUCUUAUAAAAACAACAAAUACACACCAACAACAACAGCAACAGCCUGGUACUUUAAUGGUUAAUAAUAUGGCUGUACAACAGGUGAUAAAUAGCAGCAAUGGACAAAUAAUAAGUUUAGUUAAAACAACACAGCAGCAGCAGAUCAAUAAGAAUUUAACAACAACAACAAAAACUAUACAACAAACAACGACUGCCAACUUGCCUCAACAACAACAGCAGCUACAACUGCAAAAACAACAACAGCAACAACAACAACGUUAUGGUACGAGCAAUAUACAACAAAUAAAACAGCAACAACUUAAAGUUGUUGCUGCUAAUAAUCACCAAACAAUACCACAACGUGCCACUAUUAUUAAUUCUAAUACAAUAACCAAAAAUCAUCUUUUAAGCAACAACAACAACACAAACAUUAAUACGGCAACUACUGCUAAAUUAGUUAAUCUGACUAAAGCAACAACAACUACAGCUCCAGCCGUUAGUACAGCUGCCAGCAAAAUUAUCUCAUCCAACACACUAACAAGCUAUACUCAAAAACCGCAACAACAACAGCAACAGCAGCAGCAACAAAUGAAUGGUCAUUAUUUUAAUAAUCAUAAACUAGUAAAUUUACAACAGCAACAACAACAACCCGCCUCAAAAUUAGUUCCUAAUGGUCACAACACCAUUAACAACAACAGCAUCAGCAAUACAAAUAAUUUUAUAAACGCCUCCUCAGCUUCCAUAGCUGCCUCCUCUUCUAACUCCAUUAUCACCUCUUCCUCCUUAGCCUCCUCCACUUCCUUGUCGUCCAACACCAACACUACUCCCACCAUCUAUAAUAUACCACCUAACUCAUCAUCAGCUUUAACAAAUCCAAAUACUUCUUCUUAUAUGUCUACAGCAAAUUUGACAAAUUCUCAACAUCAUUAUACUACUAGCACUACUCCAACCUAUUCGAGUUAUAAUAACUCUACUCAUCAUAAUCCUUCUACUAAUCCAACCACUACUAUAGAUUCAAAAUAUGUCUCGGCGGCUGCCUCCUCUUCCUCGUCGUCGACUACUACAACAACAACGAACAACACUUUGGCUACUACAAGCGAAACGACCACCACUACAACAACUACUACAUCCACCAGCGACACAACUACUAAUGAUGAAGCUUCAGCAGCAGCAGCUGCUGCUGCCAACGAACAAGAAGCUGAACCUGAAAUUGAUAUUGUCAUCAAUAAUGUGGUGUGUUCAUUUAGUGUUCGUUGUCAUUUGAAUUUGCGUGAGAUUGCUUUGAAUGGUGCCAAUGUUGAGUAUCGUCGUGAAAAUGGUAUGGUUACAAUGAAAUUACGUCGUCCAUAUACUACUGCUUCCAUAUGGUCGUCGGGUAGAAUAACUUGUACUGGUGCUACAUCAGAAGAGCAAGCAAAAAUUGCAGCUCGUCGUUAUGCUCGCUGUUUGGAAAAGUUAGGCUUUCGUGUACGUUUUAAUAACUUCCGUGUUGUGAACGUUUUGGGUACUUGCAGUAUGCCAUGGGCUAUAAAAAUUGUUAAUUUCUCCGAAAAAUACCGAGAAGAAGCCAGUUAUGAACCUGAAUUGCAUCCUGGUGUAACCUAUAAACUACGUUAUCCUAAGGCAACAUUGAAAAUUUUCUCUACCGGCAGUAUAACAGUUACUGCUGCCAGUGUUGCUCAUGUUCAAUGUGCCAUUGAACAUAUAUUCCCGCUUGUCUAUGAGUUCCGUAAAAAGCGUUCGCCCGAAGAAUUAGAACAGUUGCGUCUUAAACAAUUACAAAAUGCCACAUUUGAAGAUAUUACCGAAGUUGAGGAUAGCAGCAAUGUGCUAGGCACUAGUUCUGCUGCUGUUGCUGGUGGUGGUUUAAUGCCCACCGUAUCGACUUUACAGCGUCGUCGUAUUUCAAAUACGUUUAAUAAAUUUCCAAAUGCCAAACGAAAGCGUACUGAUGAUGAUUUUAAUGAUGAAUUCGAUGUUGAUGAUCCCGAUUGUAUUGCUGGCGAUGACGAUGAUAUGGUGAUGUAUGAUCCCAACGAAUCAAUAAUAGAAGGUCCCGAUGAUGACGAUGAUUUAUAAGAAAAUAUAUAUAUAUAUAUAUUUCAAAAAUAUAUAUUACUGGAAGUGUAUAUUGUGUGGUUAAAUAUACUCACUUAGAAAAAAAAGUGGGUUUCAUCAUUUCUUUCUCUAAUAUAAGAAGCAUAUCUAAAGACCAACAACAAAAACAAAAAAACAAACCAACAAAACAACUUUAGUUAAUAAACUAAAUAAAUUAAUAAAGCAACAUGUGAAAAUUAUCAUCAUCUAUAUUAUUAUAAAUACCAAACAACAACUACAACAUUGUAAUCAUCAUGAACAACUACAACAAACAUAUAUUUUCAAAACAAACAAACAAAGAAAGAAACAAAUCAACAAUCGACUUUUUAUUAUCUAGUGAAAUUUAGAGCCAAAAAUUUAAAUGCAAAUAUAAACCUAAUGUU